AUGGAUAGUCUUGACAUUGGCAAGGUCAUCAUGAAGCUGGACUUGACUGGAAAUGCUACAAUUGUUGCUUUGGUAUCUUCAAGCCCCAGCCUUCGCAAUCCAAUGUUCUUCUUUCUAAGUCACCUUUCCACAUUAGACUUUAUACUGACCACUAACAUUGUUCCUAAUAUGUUACAUGGGAUUCUGCAAGGAGAGAUAACCAUGUCCUUUCCUGCCUGUAAGAUCCAAUUUUAUUUCUUUAGUGCACUCUUAGCUUCCGAAUGUCUCCUUCUGGCAGUUAUGUCCUAUGAUAGGUAUCUGGCAAUAUGCAAACCACUGAGGUAUAUUUCCAUGAUGCACAAUAAAUUCUGCUUAUGGCUCGUUAUUUCCUGCUGGAUUUUAGGCUUUAUAACUACGCUUGUAGUGCUCAUAUUGUUGAACAGAUUAGAAUUCUGUGGGCCAAAUGUCAUUGAUCAUUUUUUCUGUGAUUUUUCACCUCUUCUGCAACUUUCUUGUUCAGACAUAUCUAGUGUGAUUUUGGGACAGAUGUUGCUGGCUGUUCCUAUGACUUCUUUUCCAUUCAUUUUUAUCAUUGUAACAUACAUAUGUAUCUUCAUUGCUGUACUAAGAAUUCCAUCUACCUUCGGGAGACAGAAAGCCUUCUCCACUUGCAGCUCACACCUGGCUGUUGUUGGUGCUUUUUAUGGCUCGUUGAUUUCUCUUUAUGUUGUUCCGUCCUCUGCAAAUUCAACAUUGGCAAAAAAAUUCCUUUCUAUGCUCUACACUGUUUUCACUCCAUUGUUUAACCCUAUUAUCUACUGUCUGAGGAACAAGGAAAUCAAGGUGGCAUUUAAAAAAUGGCUCCAAGCUCUCUAA